AUGGUGGAACGAAUGCAGGCGGUGCAAUGCGAAGAGAAUACGACCAAUUGUUUUUUGGAAAACCGAUGUAAUUUCGAUAGAAUCCUGGCCGAACGACCCACCUUCCAAAAAUAUCUACCGAACGAGUAUCAAGAGGACGUUUUGGCGCGUGAUGAGGAGGAUAAUCUUGGCGAGACUGCGCAACAGUGUGGCAAGAAACCCAAGCAAAAAGGCAAACUUGCAUCGCGUUAA